AUGGGUGACGAUAGAGUGUACAAGAAGAUUGAUGUGGCCUUGGGGGAUUUUCAAAGGAUACAACAAUUUGGACAUGUGGAGGCUGAAUACUUAAACCCAUCAGUGUCUGAUCACUCCCCAAUACUUGUAAAGUGUGGCCAGCAAGUGAAUCUGCAUCUUAGACCUUUUAGAUUUUAUCCUAAUGUCAUGGAGCAUCCUGGUUUUCAUGACACAUUGCUAGCUGUAUGGCAACAAGGAAAUGGAAGUCACACGCUGGAAAGUAUUUGGAGGAAACUAAAAGAGGUGAAGGUGCAGCUGAAACAUAUAAAUGCUUAUAUGGCAUCUUACUCACAAAAACUGAGCACAGACAAUCUAGAAUGUUCUGUGCUGAUUGAAGAAGAGAGAAAGCUCCUGCAAGAGAUUGAGAAGUGGAGUAUGGUGGAAGAGCAAGUGCUGAGACACAAGGCAAGAGCAACUUGGAUAGAAUGUGGUGAUUCCAACUCCAAUUUAAUGGGUGAUUGUGCAGCUGAACUACCAUGUCUUAAUAUAGAAGUAGUUAGAGCUGGCAAAUGCCUUACAAUCCAACAACAAAGGGCACUAAUACAAGAGGUAACUGAUGAUGAAAUUAUUGAGGCCAUAAAAAGUAUGCCUAAGGAGAAAGCUCCAGGAGUGUAUGGGUUUCCAAUAGAAUUUUUUACAAAGAAUUGGGAUACAGUUAAAGAGGAUGUGCUGGCAGCAGUAAAACAGUUCUAUGCAACUGGAGAACUUGCCCCUAUGAUCAACACCACUGCCAUCACUUUAAUACCCAAAAUACCCUCCCCUACCAAACUAAAAGACUAUAGACCUAUUUCUUGUUGCACCACAUUGUACAAAAUCAUUUCUAAAGUCCUAACUAGGAGAAUUAAAACAGUCAUUGCUGAUUUAGUAGGGCCAUCCCAAUCAGCUUUUGUCGAAGGAAGAAGUAUCUUUGACAAUAUUUUAUUCAGUCAUGAAAUCUUUAAAUGCUACACUAGGAAAUGGAUUUCUCCAAGGUGUGUACUUAAAGUGGACCUAAGGAAGGCUUAUGAUACUCUGGAAUGGGGAUUUCUAAGGCAAAUGCUGAGCACUCUUGGGUUCCCUUCCAAGUUCACCCACUGGGUUAUGACAUGUGUGUCAACCGUGUCUUACUCUUUGAUGCUUAAUGCGAGGGUGACCGCACCUUUUCCGCAAAGAGGGGUAUUAGGCAGGGAGAUCCUAUGUCUCCCUACCUCUUUGUGCUUGCAAUGGAGUACUUGGGAAGAGAACUAA